GUCAUUAGUCUGUGGUCAAGUAUGGGAAAAAAUUGAGGGCAAUAAUCUCGAAUAGAGAUUUUUAAUGAAAGAAAUGGAGAAUUUUUCAAGAGUUGAGAAAAUCGGUGAAGGAACAUAUGGUGUUGUUUAUAAAGCACGAGAUAAACUAACUGGUAAAGAUAUUGCAUUGAAGAAAAUUAAACUCGAAAAUGAGCCCGAAGGAGUACCAUCGACUGCUCUGCGGGAAAUCUCAGUAUUGCGAGACUUGAAGCACCCUGCAGUAGUACAGUUGCUGGACGUAGUCCUGGCUGACACUAAGCUGUUCCUGGUGUUUGAGUUCCUGCACAUGGACCUGAAGAAACUUAUGGAACUGACUAAAGGCGCUUUAAAACUAGAUCUUGUUAAGAGCUACCUCCAGCAGCUGCUAGAAGGUGUGGCGUACUGUCACUCACAGCGCGUCUUACAUCGUGAUCUCAAGCCCCAGAACCUAUUAGUAGAUACAGAAGGCCACAUUAAACUAGCGGACUUUGGUCUCGCGCGCGCAUUCGGUAUUCCAGUCCGAGCGUACACACAUGAGGUUGUGACUCUAUGGUAUCGCGCGCCUGAGAUAUUACUUGGCACUAAAUUUUACUCAACAGCCGUCGACGUAUGGAGCUUGGCGUGUAUUUAUGCUGAAAUGGUGAGCGGCAAAACCCUAUUCCCAGGGGAUAGCGAAAUCGAUCAACUGUUCCGAGUAUUCCGUGCUCUGGGCACACCAGGCGACGAAGUGUGGCCUGGUGCUAGAUUGCUACCGGACUACCGCGCAGCGUUCCCGCGAUGGCCGAAGCGCGAAGCACGAACCCUGCUACCAACAGCUGUCCGCGCUUCGGUGCACGCUUGCACGCUGUUCGAAGCGAUGCUUCGCUACGAACCGAGCGAACGCGUGUCGGCUCGCUCGGCGCUUCAGCACCCAUACUUCGCUGACGCUCGCCUUGUUCCACCAGCAAUUCCUUCCGCACCGGCCGCCUCUACUUCCACUAUCAUACACCACAGCCUCGCUGAUCUCUGACGACUGACUUUAUGUUAAUUUUAUUGACGGAUAGGAUUUAUUAUGUAACAUAGAUCGCCUUUACCGAUCUUAAUGGAACAAUGGACUAAAUAAAAAUUUGUGGACAUUUGAUAUAUUUAUAA